GUGACGGUUGCACAGAUUUCGCGCCAUUUUUUCUGUUAUGUCACAUUUUAUUUUAACGGUGGCACGUAGAGGUUUUCAGAUUAUUUCAUGAAAAAAGCUAGUAAUAAAGCUAAAUAAUGCAUGUACGUGUACGCAUUUUUGGGAAACCUGAUACUAUAGUUGUGGUUGAGUCGAAAUUGACUAAAAUAGACCAGUUCCGUAAAAUAAUACGUGAUAAAUUUGAUGUUCAACCGAAACUGCAACGACUGUUUUAUGGUGGUAAACUGUUGGAAAAUGGUUAUACAUUCCAUGAUUAUAAUAUUAAACUUAAUGAUGUUAUACAACUCAUGGUUAAGAUUCAGCCUGACAAUAGUCCAGAAAGAAAAAGUUCUGCGACUAGUAAUAAUAAAGACAAGGAGAUUGACAGUGACUUAGAAAAGAAGGAAGUUGUUUAUGAAGAUGCAAACAGCAAACUCUUUGCUGUUGCUGAUUUAGUUGAUGUCAGAAAUAGGGAGUCUGGGGCAUGGUUUGAAGGGAAAAUUAUUAGAAUAGUGAUUGACCCGGAAGUGAGUGAAAACAAUCUCAACUCUUCUAUCCAAGAAACAAAUAUAUCUACUACAAAAAGUGAAAAUAAUUCAAGCUAUGAUAAAGAAAAUGACUUAGAAAAUAAACCACCCAUAGAAGUGACCAGUGGAGAAACAUUAAAUUCUAAAAAUAAAGGAAUAACAAAGUAUUUUAGUAGAAGCCCAAGAGGCAAAAAGAAAUUUGAUAAAGAUGUGGUGAACGAAAAAUCUAAGCUAUUAGAUACAAGCAUACUUUACAAAGUGCAAUUAGAAGAUGAAGAUGAUUCAGAUUUGUAUUGUAAACUAAAAGAAAUAAGACCCAGAGCAAGAACAAUCAUAGAUAUCAAGGAUCUCAAAGUAGGUCAAAAAGUUAUGAUUAAUCAUAAUACAGAGGAACCUUUGGAACGAGGCCACUGGUAUGAUUUUAAAGUUGCUGAAAUAAAAAAACUCCGUACAAACUAUGAGCUUAUAGGAACUCUGUACCUUGGACCUGAUGCAGUUCCCCAGAAUGACACUAAAGUAAGACUACAGGACAAGAUAUUUGCUAUUGAGGAAGUAGUGCCUUUGGCUAAAAGAAGCAAUGAGUAUAAGCAGAUGAUGUUAACCCCACCUGAGAAACGUUCACAGCCGCUUAAUUGUCUGACUUGUCGAGAUGACGAAGACGCGCCCUGCAAAGAUUGUGGAUGUUAUCUGUGUCGGGGGAAAGAAUUCCCCGAAAAGAUAGUUUUAUGUGAUGAGUGCAAUUAUGGUUACCACAUGGGCUGCCUGAGUCCACCACUGAAGGACUUACCAGAAGAAGACUGGUACUGUCCAUCAUGCAAGCGAGAUCCUAACGACGUCAUAGCACCAGGAGCUGCGAAACAAAUAAAAAAGAAAUCUGCAUCUAAGAGCAAUAGAGAUUGGGGUAGGGGCAUGGCAUGUGUAGGCAAGACAAAGACUUGUGCAAUGCCAGCUAACCAUUUUGGACCUAUCCCAGGCAUUGAAGUGGGAAUGUGUUGGCGAUUUAGAAUACAACUAUCUGAAUCAGGAGUACAUCGACCGCCUGUAUCGGGCAUACAUGGACGUGACGUCGAAGGAGCAUACAGCAUAGUGUUAUCUGGUGGGUAUGAAGACGAUGUGGACAAUGGAAACGAAUUCACAUACACGGGCAGUGGUGGAAGAGAUUUGUCGGGCAACAAAAGGACAGCUGAGCAGUCAUGUGAUCAAACUCUCACCAGGGAAAAUAAGGCUCUGGCUCGAAAUUGUGCGGUAAAACAAAUAAGUGAGGAAGGGGGUGACGCGGGUGACAACUGGCGCAACGGCAAACCAGUGCGAGUGGUUCGCUCCUAUAAGAUGUUGAAACAUUUCCCCAAGUAUGCUCCGAAGGAAGGCAUCAGAUAUGAUGGGAUAUACAAGGUGGUGAAAUAUUACCCAGAAAAGGGAUUAUCAGGGUAUAGAGUGUGGAAAUAUUUGUUACGGAGGGAUGAUCCCAGUCCGGCACCUUGGGAGUCGUCUGCCAAACAUUUUCCCAUUGUAUAUCCAGAUGGUUACUUAGAAGCAGAAGCACAGAAAAAAGCCUUGAAGGAAAAGAACAGCAAAAAUUCCAAAUCCAAGAACACUAAGAAAAGAGCACUUCGUGAGAGCAAUCAAAGCACUGACACUGAGAAUGAAACAUCACCACCCGUUAAGAAGCGAAAAACCAGCAAGCAGGAACAAGUAGAAACAAAGAAAAAAGGCAGGCCUUUGAAGAGUAAAAACACAAGCCCUCCUAAAAAAAUCGCAAGCUUAUUCUCUCCGAAGAAAGCCAAAGAGGUAGAAAGUGUUCUCAGCGCUGAAGAGCAAGAAGCAAUUAAAGCCGACACACUCAACAGUAAACUAUGGGGAGAAUGCUUGGCUGUGUGCAACACUAGAGGGAAAAAGGAAUUCGUUGAAUAUGUAACACAAGUGUUCUUGUGCAUCAUAUGUCAGGAGGUGGCAGUGACUCCGGUUACAACACCUUGUCUACAUAACUUUUGCCUGGCGUGCAUAAAACUCGCGUUUAAAUCAACCGGAUCUCAGACAUGUCCUUGCUGUCGAAACAACUUGAACAAGUACGAGCCAGAGCCUAAUGAACAGUUGACGACGGCAUUGCGAAGCGUUCUAGCAGGAUAUGACGCAGGCAAGAAGUAGCGGGUCAGCACCAUGUACUUACUUAGUGUUAUCGCACUUAUCGCCUUAUGUAAACGGGUUAUUUAUCAAUAGCGUAUUAGUUUAGUGUUAAGAUACGUCAUAGGCACAAAACUUGGACGGCAAAAACGGGGUGACAAUGACGGACUCGGAUUUUUUUUGCCAACAGAGCAGCCUCUGCCUUGGAAUUAGACAUUUGAGGUGUAUUUUCAUGUGUUUUUACUUACUGACAGACUGCGUAGUAUUUUUAUUUCAUAAAUUCGAAGCAAUAUUGCUCACAUGAUGUUUUUUACCUAAUAAGACCAUCCCUUUAUUUUUAGACAUCCAACAUCGACCUUCACGUUUGAUGCCUUUAUAUUGAUUAUAUUGAAGUAUGUUUGGGGUUGGUUGGUAGGAUGUUUGCUCCAUUUAGCAACAAUCGUCUCAAUAUUACAUAUGAAUAUCGACACUAGUGAAGCUACACAUCACAUUUUGGCCACAGAUACCAGAGGUAAAUAAUAGACUUUAUAGUAGAUGUGAUACGUGAAAAAUGAGAUUUGUUUUUCGUCACAGAUUUCAUAGUAAAGCCAAAUAUGCGAAAUUUUUUCAGAUAAUGUUGUUUGUUAAAAUUUCUUUUCUAGCUUGUUAAUCCUAAUUCCUAACAUAACGACUGUUUUAAAUUGUACAAAAACCUAAUUCGUGCGCUCGUAGCCGGAUUAUUACUUUACAAAAUAAGGUUACGGAUAUGUUGUAUAAUUUUUAUUUGUGGAAAUGGACAUAUUCAAAAGUGAUGAAUUCCUUACUCCAGUUAACUAUCUUGUCGAUGAAAAAAUCACGAAACAUUUGUUCCUUGUACUUUUAUAAGAUAUUAUUGUAAUUUUCCAAUUACUGUAUAAUAAUAUGUUUAAAAUUGGUGAUAGAAAUAAAAUAUACAUCUGCAAUUUUCUCUCUAAGUAGAAUAGGUAAUCGGGAUCAGUGUUCAGAAACGACGGGAUUUUCUUGUGCCUUCAAAAUAAUAUAGAAAAUGUAAAAUGCGUAUAUUGGAACAUCUGCUUUUUUUAGUUUUGAUAAUCUUUUUUUUGUUGUUUUAAUGUAAGUAUAUAAAAUACAAACACAUUAAAAUAUAAAUGUUCAAUUAUUGUAAGGUUCAGUCGUAUGCAAGUGUUUUAAUCUAAAGCGGGUAAUAGACGUUUGAGUAAGUAGUUGUGGCUUGACAUUUUUCACCUGUCAAUGCGCGAAAUACGCAUGCUUUAAGCUUAGCAAGGUCGUCGGCGAUCUAACAAUAUAAAAUUUUGAUCGCAACUCGUCUUGAAUGUUAAAUUAUUUUUAAAACGCUAUCUUUCGGUUACCCUUUAGCUAGACUCUUCAAUAACAUCUUCGUUUCUUGUUGGUAACAAAAUAUGAACAACUAAUACGAGCAAGUCUGUCAUGUAUCACCGACAUUGAGCCGAAUGACACGUUCUUUAAAACCGCAAGUUUAAAGCUCGUCUCACGUCUAUCACCCAGUUUAGAGUUUGUUACUGAUUCUUUUAUAUGCCAAUUAAUGGUGGAGACUGAAUGGUGUGAAAAUAUUUUUUAUUCCAUUGUUGUAAUUUGUUUUUAAUGGUUUCUGAAUUGUUAAAUUCAUAUCAAUUAACAGAAGCGUGUGUGUGUACACUCACUUUCCGCCGUGUGUAUUCCGUCCUAUGAUGUAAUAGAGGGCAAGCCUAUCGCCAUAUCAGGUACGAACUUCCGACUCCAGGCUGAUACCGUGGAGAAAAACCUAAUAUAACGUCGCCCGACCCGGGAAUCAAACUCGAGAUAUCAGCGCGACCAAUAAAAUCGGGUCUAUUACGCCACAUCUUUUGACUUCUCGGACGUUACUCUUGUAAAAUCUUGACUCUGUACCAAUCACUAUUAAUACCAAUAACAUUGUUUACAUAAUAUAACGUUAUUAUGAUUUUUAAUUAAUUUCUAUGAAAUGUAUAAAACAUAUUUUAAAAUGCAACAGAAUUUAUUAAUGUGAUUUUUUAUUGUAAAUAUUAUGUGUGCUGGUGCGUGUCAAUAAGUGUUCAUGUUUGUUAAUUUUUGUAUUCAUUGUAAUUAAUUAUAUGGCAUUUUGUUAAGUCUAGCUAGCAUAGAAGAGGCUUAAUGACGAAAUUAUUUUGUAUUAAAAGCCGAAUAACUGGAAUAAAAAAUAAAUAACAUAUAAUGGCGAUAAUAUUUAAACGAUUCACGGUGUCGUAAUAACAUUAAAAAAGCAGGGUUCUAUAUCAGAUAUUUUAUCCACAUAGCGCGUUUCAGGAUUAAACGUCAGAUGUGAAUAGUUUCAAAUAAUUACUAUGGACUUAUUAACUUUGUAAUUUUAGUAAAGAUUCUGCAGUUAUUUUUACACAAAAGUAUUAGUAGUAGCCAUUGCGUCGCCCAUUUAUUAUGACAUCUCUCUGGGUUCUGGAAUACCAUGCACUGACCCUAACGCAACACAUCCUUUUAGGUAUUACUUACAAAGAUGCGGCAUUUUAUUUUGUAUAGUUUUAGUUACGUCAAUUGUCGCUGAGCCUCACUAUUACAAAACGUGAACCAUAUUCCGGUGAAUGAGCCGUUAGAUUAGGGUUGCCAUGAAUUCCUGAAGACAAAUCGGGGUAUUUUAGACUUUUAAUGAGCCCUUUUCUACUACUCUUUAAUCAUAACACAGUAGCAAAUCUCCGUUUAUUUCUUUAUUCGCGACUAUGUUAUCCAUAUACUAAAUACUUGCGAACUAUAAUACAGGGAUAUAUUGGAGGUAAACAAGAAAAACCUGGACAGACUUUGUAAAACCUACUACUUUCCCGAUAGCCGACAGAGGUGGCAACCGAGAUUUAGACGUAUAACGGGUGUAAGGCUUUACACCCAGUAUAACACUUUCGUUGAUUUUAUUGAAUUGUUACUACCUCAUAAUACCAUAGAUCUAUAAUUUAGUGUGUAGUUUCACGUGCACGCAAAUCUGGUCACGUAGUUAAAUAAUAUUCCAUUUAUGUAGGUGUAAUCAAACGUAGUAAUAGUUUUUCUACAAUGUAAUUUUUACAAUGGGCUGGUUUAAUAAGCACUUACGCACUUAUAGACCUUCUUAAGCGUAUUACUGAUCGGUGUUUACAUUUUUUCCCAUUUAGAAAUGUUAAUACAUGAAAGAGAGAGGCAAAACAGUUCUUUUUUAAAACCUGAUUGAAAUUGUUUAGCGGUAAGGAGGCUAAUUUUAGUUAAACAAUGAGUGGUCAAAUGCAAUGUGUUGUGAACAGACUUUAAUAUAUUAGGAAUAGUUAAUUAAUCAUUGAUAAUUAAUUUAAUAAUUUUGAUUUUUUUUCGGCUGAUAGACAAUAUUAGGCGUUUGAAAAAUUAGCCCUAAGUUUCAACAUAUAUAGUACAAAUGUUAGUAUUCCCUAUAGAUAAAUUUAGUUGCAUUAAUGCUAUUAAGACCAUUCGCAUAUUAAUUAAGAAGCAUUAUGUUCUAAUAAAACAAACUCCACUAUUGUAAACUAAAAGUAAUUGUAUGUUCUAUUAAUCCCCCAUCAAAGUAUAAGUAGGUAAACAAUGCGGGAAUAUUAUUGUACAUUGUAACUUGUCUUGUACCACCUUUCUGCCAGUUUUAUUAAAACUUUUGGUUAUGUAGCGCGCCAGACCAAGCGAUGCGCCUCUUGUGCAAUUACUGAAAUUACUCUUAAUGUGCUGCUCUAUUUGACGACUAGCAUGGACGGGAUAGCAGCCGCGGACUUUAUUCUGCUUGCUUCUUAUACACCAUGUGUAAGAAUUUUUCUGAUGUUGGACCUAUAAGAUGGUCCAACCCGCCUUGAUCAGGGCGCGUGAAUAGAUCGCGCGGAAUUCGCGAACUGCGCACAGGCAUCCGCAAUCGCGCCACAUUAUUUGGAUUUAAAUCAAACCUAAAAUACUUAAAUGCUUAAAAAAAUAUCCUAACUAAUAUACACAAAUAAAUUAUAUUUUGUGGGGGCAUUAAGUGUUCGUCUGGCAUGUUGCUUAUUUUAAUUAGUUUUAGAAUAAUCCAUUAGUUAUAUUAUGUAAAGCGGUAAGAUUUAGUGCAAUUAUCACAAACGUUGAUCAACAUGAAAGGGUGGUGUAGAAGAUAACGAUCUAUUUCAGUGUUUACGCUUAAUAUAAGGUAGCUAGCUAAUAUGCUUCGCAAUAAAUUAUUUUCACAUAAAGUCCGUCAAAACACUGAAUUUAAAGACAUCCUUGUUUUUGUGAUAAUAUAAACAGACCUGAUUUACGUUCUAUAUGUAUGAGUAUCCUGAGUCGCAAAUAAUUAAAAUAAAGUAAAAUACAAGUGAUCCUCCGAUUGUGGAAGAAUAGACUAGCUACAAAAAGACGAGCGUUGAUUGCAUCUUGUUUACAUUAGCUCAGGAUAUGUUUUGUACUUUAUAUUUUCCAGUAAUACUUGCAAAUUUAAAGAUAUGUUUGCUGGAUAGGGUCUACAUAUCGAUAAAUGGGUCAUUUGUUUUCUAUGAAAUUGUUUUUAAUUGUUUAUCGUACACAUUCCUUUUAAGUAUUUUAAAUUGUACUAUUACGUUUUUUUUGUAGAUUAGAUUAAUUUAAAAAAAUACAAAAUUUAGGUUCAUGAGUGAGUACUAAUUUUCGUAUCUAUGUAUUUUAGUUCAAAAUAUGAUUUAUUAUAAUUCGAUUUUGAAUCUUAUUUAUGUAAAAUGCUGUCGGGGUAAGUUUGAAUUCUUUAGAUUUUAUGAAAAGAGUAAAAUAAUUUGAUUAUUUUAAUGAUUUCGUAGCUUAUGUAAUGUAAUGUAAAUCAGUGAUUUAUAAUUUUAAUGUUCUUAUUUUGUGGUCUCCUAAAAGAAAAAAAAUAGAGUGAUAGAGAUGUAGUACUUAUAGAAACAAUCAGACAUUAGUUAAUGAUGUAAUAACAUAUAAAACUAUCAACUAGGUACGGUUCAUUUGCGUCGAUAGACAUUUCAGAAAUACCUGAUACAUAAAUUGAUUUCUGCAAUUUGAUUUGAUAGUCUGAAUUACGCCAAUUUGAAUAAUAAAAUUCUUUAAAUAUUA